AUGGCUAUUCGAUACUGGGACGAAGGUCUGCCACAGCUUGCCUUGAGGCAUGCCAGGAUGGCGAUGGACAUGCUGAGAGCCUUCGACCUGCCGCUUGGAUGCGCUGAGCACUUGGAAAAAGCCAUGAAGGAAUUUCAAAAGCCUUACGCGGCGGUCGAGCGUCAGAUGAUCGCUGCAGCUACAGCAAAGACGAGCUCGAUUCGAAAUCACUUUGAUCUUGCGCAGCUUUUCUUCGCAAAAGCGAUGCUCGGAGCCUGCGGUACGCGAAUAACGAAGCGUGCGUGCUUCGCGAACGAGCCCACACUAGACUUAAAGGCGUCUCUGCUCUAG